AUGAACGACUUUGAGCGCUUUGGCAGAAACGUCGUCCGCACCUUCUACGAUCCUCCGCCCUGCAACGAAUCCAACGAACCCAUCUGGCUACUGGGCCAGCGCUACGACUCCAGACCCCCCCUACCGAAGCCCGCCCCCAGCGACUCAAGUACCACUGCCACGGCCACCGCGCAAGCUGAGCGCAACGAAGACGAAAGCUGGAUAAGAACCAGCAUAGACGAUAAAGAACGCAAAGAGGCUCCAAAUGGCGAAGAUCCUACCCAGUACGGCAACUGGCCGUCGGCCUUCCUCGAUGACUUUGAAUCACGCGUGUGGAUGACGUACCGGUCAGGCUUCUCGCCUAUACAGAAGAGCCAGGACCCAAAGGCAACAAGCGCCAUGAGCUUCCGUGUAAGAAUGCAGAAUCUCGCGUCCCCUGGAUUCACAUCUGACGCCGGCUUUGGAUGCAUGAUCAGGAGCGGACAGUGCAUCCUCGCGAAUGCGCUGCAGAUUCUGCGCUUAGGACGUGACUGGCGGUGGCAGGAGAACCACGCAGACAAGGACCAUGCUGAGAUUCUGUCUCUGUUUGCCGACGACCCACAAGCACCCUUUUCCAUACACCGCUUCGUUGAACAUGGGGCGGCCGUGUGCGGCAAGUACCCCGGUGAAUGGUUUGGCCCGUCUGCAGCCGCGCGGUGCAUCCAGGACCUAGCGAACAAGCACAGAGAAGCCGGCUUGAAGGUAUACGUGUCAGGAGACGGUGCCGACGUAUACGAAGACAAACUAAAGCAGGUCGCCGUAGAUGAGGACGGUCUGUGGCAGCCUACGCUAAUCCUGGUCGGUACUCGGUUGGGAAUCGACAAGAUCACGCCAGUCUAUUGGGAAGCACUGAAGAUUCGCGAAAUGGAUCCUUCCAUGCUCCUUGCUUUCCUUGUCACGUCGGAGGCUGACUACCAGGACUGGAAAGAAGGUGUGCAGGGCGUGCAAGGCAAGUCUGUGGUGCAUGUGCAAGACAAAGAACCGCCGCCUAGGGGUCAGGAACGUGAGGGGGCAAUUGAUGAGGUUGAAAGCUGGGACGAAGACGGCUUGCAAUAG